AUGUGGGAUGGCGCUCGCUCGCUGCUACCUAGGAAUUUAAAUCAUAUAGCUGAAAGCCAUUGGUAGGAGGGUGAUCGGGGGGCAGUGGAGAUGAGAUGGCGUUACGGCUUGCUGCCCCCGGUUAUGACGUCCUAAUCCGGCGAGUCGAGAGCGAGGGACCAUGAGUAAGUAAGUCUGUCCGGGGUCGUGUUCUCGGCCUUAUAACAGCCCCUUAACCGCCCUCUCUCCCGUCGGCUGAGAAGAAAGGGGGAGAGACAUGAGAAACAGCAGUUGCUAGUGCCCACCUAUAGACGCCCCUGGCUCGCAAGAUGACGAUCUCGACCCGAGGACUCGUUUCCUCAACCCUCCUCCUGCUCGGACGGGCCCUCGCCGACACGUGCUCGGUGAUCGAGGACACAUCCACCAUCGACGUUGCUCGGCCCCUCGACCUCUCGUACCUCGACGAGCAGGCCGGGUACUGGUCCAGCUCGUGCUCCGCCCUCAAGCCCUCCUGCAUCAUCUUCCCCAAGGACGCCGCCGAGGUCGCCGCCGUCGUCGCCGCCCUCGCCAACACCACCGAGCAGUUCGCCGUCAAGUCGGGCGGCCACAACCCCAACAACUACUGGUCCAGCGUCGCCGGCGGGCCCCUCAUAUCCACCCGCAAGCUCAACCAGGUCAUCCUCAACACCGAGACUGGCGUCGCCCGCGUCGGCCCCGGCCAGCGCCUCGACAGCAUCGCGGCCGAGCUCCAGGGCACCGGCUGGACGUUCGUCGGCGGCCGCAUCGGCAACACCGGCGUGGGGGGUCUGGUGCUCGGCGGUGGGCUGUCGUACAUGUCGGCGCAGUACGGGUGGUCGGCGUCGUCUGUUCUCGAGUUCGAGAUCGUGUUGGCCAACGGCACGGUGGCGACAGCGUCGGAGAGCCACCACCCGGACCUGUUCCGCGCGCUCAAGGGGGGCGGCAACAACUUCGGCGUCGUCACCGCCUACGUCCUGCAGCUGUACCGCCAGGACGACGUCGUCGCCGGCAACCUCGUCUUCGCGCGCACGCCCGGCACUGACGCCCGCCUGCUCCGCGCCGUCCGCGACUUCACCGAGCACAACGCCGACGACCGCGCCGCCAUCAUCGUUACCGCCGAGCGCGGCAACAUCGACCUGCUCGACGCCUGGAUCCUCUUCCUCUUCUACGACGGGCCCGUCGUGCCCCCCGGCACGUUCGACAACUUCACCGCCGCCGGCCCCCUCCUCAACACCCUCAAGGUCCAGUCCUACGCCCACCUCAUGGGCACCAGCAACUGGGUCGUCGUGCGCGGCUCCGUCGUCACCAUCGCCACCGAGACCGUCCCGCUGCCGCCCGCCGCGAGCGUCGACCGGGUCCUCGGCGGCCUCCACGCCCACUGGCGCGACGUCUCCGGCACCACCCUCCUCGUCCCCGGCAUCAUCGCCUCCAUCGCCUGGCAGCCCUUCCCGAAGCGCAUCGCCCGCGCCGCCCGCGCUCGCAGCGCCGACCUCAUCGACACCGACGACACCGUCGACCGCCUCAUCGUCGAGAUGAACUACAGCUUCCUCCUACCCAGCGACUAUGACAGGAUCGACCAGGCCAUACAGCGCACCUACGGCGGCAUGCGCGACCGCGUCCUCGGCUGGCAGCGCGACGGCACGCUGCCCGACGCGUACCUCCCCAUCUUCAUGAACUACGGCUACCACCGGCAGGACUACUUCGGGCGGCUGCGCCCCGAGAGCCGCGCGCUCGCCAGGUCGGUCGCCGACCGCGUCGACCCCGACGGCCUCUUCCGCACCCGCACCGGCGGCUGGAAGCCGUAGACGCCCCCCGCCCCCGGUAAGGGGGGAGGCGUGUGGGCGCGUGGGCGUGGACGUCCGGGCCUGGGGAUUCGUCGACGGCUGCCGGCUGCCGGCUGCU